CUUAAAACCGUUCCAAAAGGCAAGCAACUAUCGCGGCGCGGGCGAAUAUUGAGAUUUCGUCUUCGGUGAAGCGGACUGACCAACUAUCCGGCGGAUAAACACAUCGUGACUCAUCUUUGCUCGAACGUCACAUAUGGUCACAGUGUGCAAGGAGCCUGAUCAAUGAUGGAGGCACCACUUUCAACUGCGGACCUCGCAUUUAAGCAUCGUGAAUAACAAUAAAGCCGGAGCGGGGCGAAUGAAUCCUUCCUACAUCAAACAACAUUCAGCACGACAGCAAGUGAAAGCUCCAAGAAUAAGAAAUAUCUGACGAUAUACAACCUGGCCGAAAUUGUCGAAGAUGUCCCAAAAACCAGGUGCAAAGCUCAGAAAUAAUGGUAUCGAUUUCACGCCCACUAUUCACAACGAGACCUACGACUUUAUCAACCCGGAACAGUUCGACCUCGAUGGUCGCGCUGUACUCAUAACCGGCGCGUCGAAGGGAAUCGGCAGAGCCACAGCACUCAGCUAUGCGAGAGCCGGGACAUCAUACAUUGCCAUCGCGGCUCGAUCUGGAAUGGAAGCUCUGGCGACAGAAAUGACUGAAGCGGCAACCAAAGCCGGAAAGAAGACUCCCAAAGUUCUGCCUUUGAGCAUUGAUGUUACCAGUAAGGAGAGUGUGCAGAAAGCUGCGAAGGACAUCGAACAAAGCUUCGGAAGGCUGGAUAUCUUGAUCAAUAAUGCCGGAUACAUGGAAAAACUUGCCCCGAUUAUUGAGCAGGACGCCGACGACUGGUGGAAAGUCUGGGAGGUCAACAUCAAAGGACCUUAUCUCGUCACCCAAGCUCUUUUGCCGCUGAUAUUGAAGACACAAGAUAGUCUCAAGAUUAUUCUCAACGUCGCAUCGAUAGGAGCGCAUCAGAUGCUGCCUGGAGGAUCGGGAUAUCAGACUGGCAAAUUGGCACUGCUGAGAUUCGGGGAGUUUCUGAAUCUGGACUAUAAGGAUCGAGGUCUAUUGUCUUUUGGUAUUCAUCCGGGAGGGGUCAUGACUUCGCUUGCGACCGGUCUACCACAGGAUAUGCAUGGUUUGUUGAUGGAUACGCCUGAGCUGGCUGGAGACUCGAUUGUUUGGCUGACAUCUGAGAGGAGAGAGUGGCUUGCGGGGAGGUAUGUCAGCUGUACAUGGGAUUUCAAUGAGUUGUUGCAGAAGCGAGGGAAAAUUGUGAAGGAGGAUCUGUUGAAGGUGAGGAUGGAUGUCGGGAUGGACUAGGGCUGAGAAGUGUUUUGGGCGAUUUCUUGUUGAAUAUCACCACGCAGGAAGGUCUCCAUCGGGAUAUCACACAAUAUGCAGGGAUAUUCAGCUCGUCUCGUUCCCCGCGUGGAAGCACAUGAAACAGAUUGUCUUGGCAAAAAGUCUCCAUAGCAACGGGCACAAAUUCAAGCUACAG